CACGCUUUAAGAAAGGCCAUCUCAGGAUUACACUCAUCAAUUUUUCAGCUAUCCCAGAGUAGAGAUCGGUUACCCUUCCGAAAAUUACCAGUACAACCAGCUGGAACCCGUAAGGCUUCAUCAUGAAGUAGUUGGCUUUGCUGUGAAUCGACUUCAAUAUGCGCUAUUGGCAGAAGCAUGGCGUCUAGUCGGUGAUAAUGUGUUAUCACCAGAAGAUGUCGAUAAGGCGAUGAGUGCCGGGCUUGGACCACGUUAUGCAAUUUAUGGACCACUGCAAACGGUACAUCUUAAUGCUAAUGGUAAGCUUGAAUUGUCACCUAGCCUGGAAUAUCAAACCUCAACCUCAAAUUUUCAACAUCUGCGCCAAUCUUAGCU